AUGCUCCUGCCGGCCCACGUCCUGCUGCUGCUGCUCCUUGGGGCCCCCAGGACGGGCCUCGCCCAGAAGUCCUCCAGAACCGAGUCCAUCUCCCGCUGCUGCACCGACACAGCCCCGUCUGAGGCCAGGAAGAGCCAGCUGGAGGAGGCGCCCCCGCUGAGCAAGAGAGGCCCGUCCUACCUGCCCGGCCAAGGCCCAGCCUCCGGAGAGGCCGAGCACAGGGGCCAGGGGGAGGACAAGGGCAAGAGGCCCUUCCCCACGGGCCCCCGGGCCAGGCCCCCGCCCCACCUCACCCUGUCCCUGGACGUGCCCACGAACAUCAUGAACAUCCUCUUCAACAUCGCCAAGGCCAAGAACCUGCGCGCCCAGGCCGCGGCCAACGCUCACCUGAUGGCGCAGGUCGGGCGGAAGUAG